AAAUUACAUGCGUGUAAGCAUACACAACAUUUGCGAAAAAAUGGCAGCUGACGAAUAGAAAAAAGUGGAUCUUCAGUCGAAAAAAGACCGCACUUCUUUUCGCCGUCAGACGAACUGGGUGAGCGUCCCGCACCCCGUUUCUCUUCCAUCAGCAUCCUCAUUGCUCAUCCGUCAACAUGGGGAAGACUCCUGUAAAAGAUCAGAAAGAUGGCAAAAAGGAGAAGCUGGGGAAGCCACUUUCCCUGCCAGGUACAACCCCUGCAGCAACUAAAGAUGCUUUCAGCUGGGAGGAAUACCUGAAAGAGACAUCCUCCACACCAGCACCAGGAAGCUGUUUUCGCCAGGCUAGAGUCCCCCCCUCCAACGACUUCAAGGUGGGCAUGAAGCUUGAGGCUCACGACCCUCGCAACUCCACCUCAGUUUGUAUCGCCACGGUGAUGGGUUUAACUGGGGUUCGCCUCCGCCUCCGUCUGGACGGGAGCGACAACAGCAACGACUUCUGGAGGCUGGUGGACUCCUCCGACAUCCAGCCGAUAGGCACCUGUGAGAAGAACGGAGACAUGCUGCAGCCCCCGCUGGGGUUUCGUAUGAAUGCCUCCUCUUGGCCCAUGUUCCUGUUGAGAACCUUGAAUGGAGCAGAGAUGGCGCCAGUAACAGCCUUCAAAAAGGAGCCUCCAAGACCCUCUCAAAAUAAUUUCAAGCCAGGCAUGAAGCUAGAGGCGGUGGACAAGAAGAACCCGUACCUCAUCUGCCCCGCCACCAUUGGAGAAGUGAGGGGCGACGAGGUGUUCAUCAUGUUCGACGGCUGGAGGGGCGCCUUUGAUUACUGGUGCAAGUACGACUCCAGGGACAUCUUCCCUGUGGGCUGGUGCUCUCUGACCAAGCACAGCCUCCAGCCUCCAGGCAACAGUGUGACUCUUCCAAAGAACCUGCAGAUUUUCCCGUCGUCGCCCUCUAAGCCCAGCCGGCGCUCCAUGCAGUCACCCUACAGACUCCCUAACCCUCUGCCCGCCCUGCCUGUGAGGAAGGGCGUGAGGGGCCGCCGGCCCAAGAGCGAGACCCUCGCUCUGCUCAAAGCCGUGGCGGCGGCGGCGGGUUCCCACAACGGAGCCGUCCCCGAUGACACUCAGCUGGUGCCCCGGGUUCACAAGAAAAGAGGACCCAAACCCGGAAGUAAGAGAAAGUCCAAGAUUCUGCAAAGCCCCACACAGCUGCCAAGCUUCCAGGUUCCACAAGAAAAUCCUCCCAGCCUCAACUCGGUGGUCUCAACAGUGUGCGUGUACGUGAAUAAGCAUGGGAACUGUGGCCCCCACUUGGACAGGAAGCAGAUGCAGCACUUUCCAGACCACUUUGGCCCCGGGCCAGUGAACGCCGUGCUCCAACAAGUGGUCCAGUCAUGUAUAGACUGCGCUUACCAGCCAAAAGUCCUCCUCGGUGCCCUGCAGACCGACUCAGGGGGAGGCGAAGCCGUCAAAGUGAGAACAGACGGCGGCGUCCUUGUGAUCAAACUACCGUCUGCCUCCAGUGCUUCCUUCGUCUUACGCUUCCUGGAGAGCAUGUGCCGUCACCUUCAGUGCGACAACCUGUUCAGCAGCCAGCCGUUCAGCCACUACACCGCCUACGGCAGGAACAAGUCUGUGAAAGAAGAGGCGCUGGAUGUUUCCGCUCUGGCCCGGGGCAGUAAACGCAGCCUCUCAGGGAUCUCUCCUCCGUACGCCGCCCCUCUUUCUCCUAAACACUUACGGGCCGAGGCUCACCCAUCUGAAGCCGAGACCCUGCCACACGAGGAGAACGGCCUGAUCAAAGAGACGCGAUACAUGGACUCGGCGUCUAACUCCAUGACUCCUCGGCCCCAAACGGCGCGCAGUUCCUCUGAGUACCACCCCCAGGCCAGCAGCCUCUACCACCACGGCGGCGGCAGCGCGGCGGUGCGCCGACACUCGUCUAACCCGGCAGAGCUCAGCUCCACGCCGUCGCUCAGACGGGUCGAAGCAGCCAGCUCCACCACCGGUCCGGAACCCAAUCGAGAGAGUCUGCAGCUGCCCGGUAGAAACCCCGCCUCCUGGUCCAUCGAAGAGGUGAUGCAGUUCGUCAGGGAUGCAGACCCCACAGCGUUAGCUCCUCACGCAGAACUAUUCAGAAAACAUGAGAUCGAUGGAAAGGCUUUGAUGCUUCUAAGGAGCGACAUGAUAAUGAAGUACAUGGGCCUGAAACUGGGGCCGGCUCUGAAGCUCUGCCACCACAUAGAGAGGCUGAAACAAGGCAAACUGUAGGAGGAGUGUGGCCAGCAGCGAGCCUCUGACCCGUGAGCAAUAAGCCCAGAAAGAGCCAGACUCCUGGGCCACACAGGGGCUACAUGUUACACUAGACUCCUCCUGGAGGGGACCAAUCCCAUGUUACUACUUCCUCCAGACUUCCAGAGCAGGGGGGGGGGGGGGGUGUGCCGUGCAUAGCUGACUCAUUAGCUCAUACCCUCAUCAGCGAACAGAAAGCUGUUCCACUCUAACAACCAACACUGACUUCUAAGGAAUCCCAAAGCUGAGCGACCCCUGUAGUGUUUACAUUGCAUCACACACGUGCACACAAGGACAAGUUUUCUUUUUUAUACGAAGCUGAGAUGUUUUGAUCCUGAUGUCUGGAUCCCCAAAGAUGGAGAAUGUUUUUUUUAUUACUGUUGAAUUUCUACCUACUAAGAACGGAUUGGUAUACUGAGAGAAAAAAAAGGCGUUUACGUCAAACGUUCUUCGUACUCCAGAAGAGAACCAGAUGUUCUUAUCUGGGCCGUUGUAUAGUUAUUUUAGUUUCCUACUUAUCUGCCUAAAAGUGAAUCUGCCUGAAGGAUCCGGACAGGCGUUUUCUCAGACUCUGUCGGUGUCAUUGCCAGGAUCCAUGUUGUUGUCUAUUUUUUUAACCGAGCUUGACUGUUUUUCACGAGUAUCCUGCAGAAUCAUGAAGUGUGUGAAUUAUCGUGUCUUAGCCGGUUCAGAGUUGCCUCCCGCUGGUAUAGAUGCUCCGAUCAGGAUUCAGGGGCCGAUGUCCGAUUUCUAGUUUUUGUAAAACUUUGAUACCUUUUCCAGCGUCUCUUUCUGAGGUCCUCCUGCACCUGUGGCCUCCACGAUUCAGUCUUGGAUAAACGGAAGACAAUGGAUGGAUGUCGGUGAAGAUUCUCAGUUGUCCAGGUCAUAAUCAAUCCAAAAAAGGUUAAAGAAUUAAACAACUGGACUAUUCUGAAGCUGAAGAUGUUUCGCUUCCCAACCAAGAAGGUUUGUCAAUUCAAAAUGUCUGGAGUAGUGUGGAUCUCUGCUCUACUCCAGAUAUUUUGAAUUCAGAAUAGAAGCCCAGUUGUUUUAUUUAUUUUUUUUAACCAUUUUUGGACAAUGGAUGGAUGGGGGUGGAAAAAAGGAUUUUACUAUUUCAAAACGAAGACAAAAUGAUCAUAGAGCUGACGUUUUAAACUUCUUUUAGCAUCUUGUAUUAGUGCUUAGCUUGGUUAGCAUGACUGGGUAAAGUGGCCUCUUUGUAUUCUCUAGAGAGGGAAGAUCCUUAUCUUAAUUCUGAGAUGACCAAAAAGGUAUUUCCAAAUCCAGUUUAUUCCACUAGACUAGACAGUUCAGGCUGGUUGAAGGCUGGAAAGGAUAAGGUUGUCUUCACUAUGGAAGCAGCACGUAAGAUUGUACUUGAACUUUGCUCUCCCGUUAAGCAACACACACACGUAGUAAUGUAUUGAGGAGGUGCACAGCACCGCCUCCUCCUAUGUGAAAGCAUCCUUAAAUUCCAUCCAUCCAUUUUCUAUACCUGCUGAUCCCUGCAUGGUGGCGGGGGCUGGUGCCUGUCUUCGGUGGUCGCUGGCUGAGAGGCGGGGUCCACCCUGGAUAGGUCACCGAUCCGUCGCCGGGCAACACAGAGACACACAGGAUGAACAACUUGCACACACACACACACAGUCACACCUUAGAGCAAUUAAGAGUAGCCAAUUAACGGUUAUCUUUUUGGUCUGUGGGAGAUACCCACGCAUGCACAGGGUGAACCCAGAUGGAACCCGGGCUUUAAACCAAGGACAAGCACCAGUGCUACCAACGGUGCAGGCCAUCCUUAAUUAUUUCCUGAGAGUCCUGCUCUCUCUCGCUGCGCCGCAGCAUCUCUGUGCUUCCUCUGACUUAGUUUGAAACGGCUCACCGUCUGACUUUGCGUUGCGUCGCACCGUGCAGUGCACGGCGGAGUGUUGUUUUCAGGACAAUGUAAUGGUGUGUUCACUGUCUGUGGGAAAAAAAACACACUUGACCGUUGAGUCUCCAGCUAGUUUCUCACCGAUCAGGGCCGAGCAAAUUGAAAACCGUCGGAUUCCGGUCGCCGUCAUUUCCCGGAGCAUCACUGUCGUCUGGUUUUCAUCAAACUGAGUCACAAGAUUUGGUUGAUCAAUUUCAAUGAGCAGAAUGCGUUACGAAUGCAGAUGAGACAUUUCUAAGGGCUUCUUAUGUUAAGUUGAGCUCUUUCUUUUUUUUUUUUUAUCAGUUCUGUAUCAUGUAAAGCUUGUUGGUCUGCUGGAAACCUGAGUGUUCUACUGUCGACCAUAACAAUCACUGUUAGCUAUGUAAACAGAUCUGUACAGUUUUAUGGGUUUAACCAUGAAUAUCAGCAACAGAAUGUACAUUUUGUAGAAAGUUUAAUAUUUUAAGGAAAUCAUAUGCAUAAGAUAGAAAUGUGAAGCUAAAAAAGGUGAAGGGGUGAGUAUUUAAGUGGUUUCCAGUCUUUUUUUUUUUCCUUUAUGACUUAACACAGUGCUUUUAGUUCACUUUCUUCCACUUCUAGAUCCUGCCUUGCUUUACCUAUGGCAUUUCUCAGGUUCAUGUGGUCUUACCUAGUAGAAGCUUUUGUAGCAAAAUGUUUAUAAUAUACCUAUAAAAAGGUUUUGUCCCGUUACCCAUGCAGCCCUCCCCCACCUUAAGACUUGUGCCAUAUUAUGUUCAACAAAGGAUGGGAGUGCUGUCGAUUUCCAUCUCGCAUCUUACUUGCAAGUACUUGAAAGCUGUUUUGCAAAACAUCACCUGUCUAUUAUGUCACUGCAGAUAAAGGACAUUUCUGAUGUUGUGUGUUUUAUUUUUUCCUUUUCCAUAAAGAUACGACAAACAAGAAA